AUUGCAUUCAUGACAUUGACUUUGUUCCCCAUCCGACUCUUUGUUGCUGCUUUUAUGAUGUUACUGGCCUGGCCUUUUGCAUUCAUUGCAUCAAUGGGAUCUGCUGAGAGAGAACUUGAAAAGCCCCUCUCCUGGUGGCGAAAAGUAGUGGACUUCUUGCUGAAAGCAAUCAUGAGAGCAAUGUGGCUUGCUGGAGGAUUCCAUUGGAUAAAUGUAAAGGGCAGACAGGCUUUACCAACAGAAGCAGCAAUAUUAACUCUGGCUCCACAUUCCUCAUAUUUUGAUGCCAUUCCUGUGACCAUGACUAUGGCUUCCAUUGUGAUGAAGGCAGAAAGCAAAGAUAUUCCUGUAUGGGGAACUUUAAUAAAAUAUAUACGACCAGUAUUUGUGUCUCGGUCAGACCAGGAUUCUCGCAGGAAAACUGUUGAAGAGAUAAAGAGACGAGCUCAAUCUAAUGGCAAAUGGCCACAGAUAAUGAUAUUCCCAGAAGGAACUUGCACAAACCGAUCUUGUCUAAUUACCUUCAAGCCAGGAGCAUUUAUUCCUGGAGUUCCUGUCCAGCCAGUAGUUUUACGUUAUCCUAACAAAUUGGAUACGAUCACAUGGACAUGGCAAGGUCCAGGAGCGCUGGAAAUUCUGUGGCUUACUUUGUGUCAGUUUCACAGUUUUGUGGAAAUUGAGUUUCUACCUGUGUAUAUACCUUCAGAAGAGGAAAAGAAAAAUCCAUCUUUGUAUGCAAAUAAUGUCAGACGAAUAAUGGCAGAAUUUCUUUACUCAAGGGCCUUGGGAGUUUCAGUAACAGACUACACAUUUGAAGACUGCCAGCUAGCUUUGGCUGAAGGACAACUUCGUCUGCCUUCAGAUACCUGCCUUUUAGAGUUUGCAAAGCUCGUGAGAAGCCUUGGGCUGAAACCAGAGACACUUGAAAAAGAUCUUGAUAGAUAUUCGGAAAGAGCCAAGAAAAUGAAAGAGAAAAGAAUCAGCCUUAAAGAGUUUGCUGCAUACUUGGAAGUCUCAACUUCUGACACAUUAAAAAACAUGUUUUCUCUUUUUGUUGAGAAUGAAGAUGAUGAUGUAAUUGAUGUACGGGAAUACGUGACUGCUCUAUCUGUAGUAUGUAGGCCAUCCAAAACUUUAGAAACAAUUCAGUUGGCGUUUAAGAUGUAUCAAUCACAAAAUGGAACUAUAACAGAAGACGACUUAGCUUGCAUUCUGAAGACUGCCUUGGGUGUGUCAGAGCUUAAUGUAACACACCUUUUUAAAGCUAUAGAUGCAGAAGAAAAAGGGAAAAUCACAUAUGAUGACUUCUACAGAUAUGCAGAAAUGUAUCCAGAUUUUGCAGAAGAGUAUCUGUACAAUGAUCAGAUGGACAUUGAAAAUUGUUUGAAGACUUCUUCUCUGCCAGCCCCUAAUGGAUUCUGUACUGACUUCAGUCCAGAAAAUGCUGAUGAUAAAAAGAGUCCCCUGGAGAAGAAACUGAAUUAAUACUGCAGACAUCCUACUCCUCUCCUGGUGAGAGGAGUAUUUUCUUUCCUGGAAUCUUCAUAGUCACUCCAACUCUACAGCAACCAUAACUUUUGUGUGAAAGAUUUACUACCUUAUUACUGUUCUUUAAUUCCUACAUGCUGUAUUUAUCGAUAUCUUCAAGGUUAAUUGUCAAGAGAUGGGUUUAUUUUAUUUUUUCAAAAUGUUCUUUGAAAGCCAGGAAUGUGAUGUGCUUCAUUAUAAAUGUGCAUACUUAAAGGGAAGCUACACAUUUAUUUAUAUUUGGUUUUUUUCAUGUACAUAAUAUUGCCCAAAGUGUAAAUGUAUGAAGAAUUGUAGCUACUGGUGGUGAAUGCACUUUGGUGAUUAGUUUCUCCCCCCACCCUUUUUAGGAAGGUGUUUUAGGGUCAGAUCUGCUGUCCUUAUUUACAUAAGCAGUUUCAAUGAUUUAAGUAGGAUUAUUCACAUGAGAAAGGCAAAUUUAAAUUUUGGCCCCCUGUGUUGGUUUUAGAAAUCAGUGCAAGAAACAGUAAUGCAAAACAAUUUUUUUUUUGCCAACGAUUACUUGCUUUAUUUUUGUUGUUAAAUGAUGAAGUUGUCGCUGUCUUUUGAGUCCAUUACAUAGUAGAAUCAAAAGUGAAAGGCUUUAGGUCCCAGACAUUUAUUCUCAUACACAUCUCUACAAAACACAGUGAAAUAUGGAAUACUUUCAAAACAAACAUAUGUCUCUGUGUACAAAUAUGUGGCAAACAAAUUAUGCUUUCCAUGCUUUUCUGUAAAUUUUUUCAUACAUUUCCAUUUAGUAAAUGAGGAAUUUAUUAUAAACUAAUUCCAAAUAUUAACCAGGAAUCACACAGGUGCAGCUUCUUUGGUAAAAGUCUUAUAACAGAUACGCAUGCACAUGAGUGCAUAUGUAAUUAAGUAUAUGUUGUACACCGGAAUAAAGAUUUUUAUCAGCAUGUUUUUGAAAAGGUUGCAUUAGUUAGGAAUGGCAGACACAAGUGAGUUAUAUAAAGACAUCCCAAAGGAAUGUCAUGAUGUAUAUUCUAAAGGAUGCAGAUGUUUAAAAAAUUAGGAAUGUUUUACAGAAAUUUUAAAAAAUGUUAUUGACACUAUUUCUUAUUUCUUUCCUUUUGUAAAUCCAGGUACUUUAGUUACAAGGAAUAAAACUGAGCAGGACUCAUAAGGAGAGAGACAUCAAAACUAAUAUAAUAAACUUCCUAAAAUGAUACCGUAUUUCUGAAUGUCAAAAACUGAAAUUCCAGAAUGUGCCUUAAGGGCUUGAAGUAAUGGUGGGUUCCAAUGAGACCAAAGGAAUCUCUCUCCUUCUUAAUGGUAAAAAUUCUUAAUCCUACAUGGUUAGUAAACCCAUUACUAUCUCUGCAGAGCUGCACUAUAUUAGACUUCAAAACUCAGGCAUGUUUCUGAUUAGAAAAACGGACGCUGAUU